AUGCAAGAUCGUCGAUUGACUGUUAAGGAUAUUGCUGAGGCUUGUGGGAUAUCAUCAAAACGGGUGCACAAGAUUUUACAUCAAGAAUUAGAUAUGAGAAAAUUAUCCGCGCGCUGGGUGCCGCGCUUGUUGACGAUCGACCAAAAGCGCAUACGGGUGGACAUGUCGCGCGAGUGUCUUAGCCUGUAUCAAAAAAAUCCAGCGGAAUUUUUGCGGCGAAUGAUAACCGUCGAUGAAACCUGGGUACAUGACCAUACGCCUGAGAUCAAACAACAGUCAAAGCAGUGGUGUGCGGUGAGGGAACCAACUCCGAAGAAGGCAAAGGUCGUUCUCUCUGCAGGAAAAAUGAUGGCGACAGUUUUUUGGGAUUGCCGUGGAAUAAUUCUUAUCGAUUACCUUGCAAAGGGUGAAACAAUCAACGGACAGUACUACGCUGCAUUACUGGAUAAAUUGAAGGCCACAAUUAAGAAAAAACGUCCGCAUUUGGCCAAGAAAAAAAUCCUGUUUCACCAGGAUAACGCUCAGGUUCACACGUGCAUGGUCGCAAUCUCAAAAUUGAACGAAUUGAAGUUUGAAUUGCUUCCGCACCCUACUCGCCAGAUCUAG